GCUCUCUCGGCCUGGUUGCCGCCUUGUCAUGGCGAUGGAGGUGGAGGAGGAACUCGACGAGUUCGAGGUGCUCUGGCCUGACACCGACGCCGACGCCGACGACGCGCCACCGCCGGCGAUAUCCCCUGCGCCGCCAUCGGAGCAGGCGUCCAUGCCGCGGGCCAAGCAGCAGCGGUGCGCGGCGGGCUCUCGGCCGGUGGACGUCCCCUUCAAGACCGCGCUCCUGCACGCCCGCUGGAAAUACGGCGGUGCUAAGGAGGAGGCCGACGACGACCACGGCAGCGACGUCGGGAAGGUGGCGGUCGUGCCGCCGCACCUGCUGCUGCUGUUCGGCCUGCGGCGGCAGCAGGAGGAGGAGGAGGCGGCGCCGGCGGUGUCGUGCACGCCGCCGUCGCUGGGGCCGCGGCCGUGCAAGCGGGCGCGCGACCUGCGCCACCUCCGCAACUCCGUGCUGCGGAUGACCGGGUUCAUCGAAGGAUGAUGCGCUGCUGCCAUUAAGGGCACAAAUUGAAGCUGUAUGGAUCCAUCCAUGGAAAUUAAUGCUACUAAAUUUGUACAAUCAAGGAGGAGAAAUUGAAAUGUAACAAGAUGAUUUGGGAGCUCGAUUCGAAUUGGUCUCGUUGCUUUUGCACUUCCGCAAAUAUGUUUCGUGAAUUUUCACCAUCCUUCGAUACAUCCGUACGUGUUAUCAGAAAGGAGCAAACACUAACACUAUCAGCCCCAUCUUC